AUGUCGACUAUUGCUGAUGAGACAACAAUUGAAAAAUUAUCAUCGAUGUUAAUUGAUACAUCAUUACCACUUAAACUUCGAUUUCGUAUUUUAUUUACUUUAAAAAAUCUCGAUAGUCAAGGCCAAAAAAAACAAUCGGAAAAGACACCAAUUGUAGUUGAAGCUAUUUCUCAUGCAUUCAAUGAUACAUCAGCAUUACUGAAACAUGAAUGUGCUUAUUGUCUUGGUCAAAUGGGUAACAAAAAUGCUAUUACUAAACUUAUUCAAGUAUUAAACGAUUCAAAUGAAGAUACAAUGGUACGACAUGAAGCAGGAGAAGCAUUAGGUGCUUUGGGAUGUUUUGAUAACCAAGAUGUAAUUGAUACAUUAACUAAACAAAGUCAAAAUCCACGAGCAGAAAUUUCUGAAACAUGUCAAAUUGCACUUGAUCGUUUAGCAUGGUUAAGAAAAACAGUAUGUAAUGAAUCAUCUUCGAAUUCAAUAGAGAAAACUUAUUCAACCGUUGAUCCAGCUCCAGCUUUAACUUUAACAACAAUUGAUGAACUUAAAAAAAUUUUACUUGAUGAAAAUCGAUCACUGUUUGAACGUUAUCGUGCUUUAUUCGCUUUACGUAAUAUUGGUAGUGAUGAGGCUGUACUUGCCAUUUGUGAAGCAUCAAGUGCUUUAUUUCGUCAUGAAAUUGCUUUUGUACUUGGACAACUUCAAUCAAUAAGUUCGAUUCCAGCACUUCGUCAACAAUUAUCAAUACUUAAUGAAAAUUAUAUGGUACGGCAUGAAUGUGCUGAAACACUUGGUUCAAUUGGUUCAGAUGAAUGUCGACAUAUUCUUGAAACAUAUUUAAAUGAUAAAGAACGUGUUGUACGUGAAAGUUGUGAAGUAGCUUUAGACAUAAGCGAUUAUGUGAACAGUACUGAUUUUCAAUAUUGCAAUGGAUUAAAACUUCUUGAAUCAGAAUGUUGUUAA